AUGUAAAGAUUUAAAGAAUGGCUUAAGCCAAUGUAGGAUUACUUUUUGAAUAGUUUUUCAGAGACAUCUCAACUAUUUCUUUCAUAUCUUUUGGGAGACUAUUUGGAAGACCCUAAAUAAUUAAAUAUAAUCGCCCUAAUUAAAGGCAUAGAUAAAUUGUAAUUAAAUACAAAUUAUAUUAAUCAACUGUUGGGUAGCAGUCCUUUUAAUUUUGAAGACGCAUUUAUUAGUAACGAAUUCAUUCUAUAUUUAAGAAUCAUUAAAAAUAUCAAAUCUUAAAUUUGAAGCUGAAAAAAUAACAUUCGUUAUUGUUUUAAAAGAUAGGUCUGAUGAUGAAAUAAAAUAGUAUUUACAGAAUUUAGAAGAAUUUAGGUAGCGUGAAAGUGCUAAAAUCAAUUAUCUUUACAAAUUAAGGAAAGAAGUGUAUUAAAGAAAUAAUUUAGAAUAAGGUUAGAGUUAGAAUUAUAGUGUUGAAUCAGGAUUUUUUAACUUUUUAACCCUGGCUGAUACUUUGCUUAGUAAUCUUUCGAUUUCUAUUAAAAAUAUAUAAAUAAUAUUUAAACUUGAACAGGCAGUUCAAUAUGAAAUCUCAAUUAGUGGUAUAAAUCUGGAAUUACAUAAAGCUGAAUCCAAGUAAAUUAUUUUAUUUUAUUAUUAGCAAUAUACUUUAUAUAACUACCAUUAUUGAUUUGAUAGAAUUAAAGUUAAGAAAUGAACAAAUAGCACUUAUGGAGAAGGCCAUGAAAUUUAAUAUCAUUCUAGAAACAAAAGAAGAGAAUUAAGUUUAAUUAAAAUUAAAUGGUAGCGUUUCUUCUCUUGAUUUUUUGUUAAAUAAAAAAUAGAUAAAAACUAUUUUAAAGUCAUACUCUAAAUAUCAAUUGAAAGUAGACUAAACAAAUAAGGCAAUAAUUUUACUUUAAAAUCAAUCUCCUGGUUUAGUAUUAAUUUAAAAUGAUAAGAAAAAUAUUAAACAGUUCGAAAUGAAAAACAUUGAAGCUUUAAAUUCUGAACUGUAGAAAUCUACUGAAUUAAAUUCAUUUAGUAACUCGUAAUCAUAAGAAGUCUUUCAAAGCUUGUAAUUAAAUGUUGGAGAAACAAAUUAUCAUGUUGAUUCAAACAUAAAAAAUUAAUAAGAAUAAUUUAAAUGCUAUUUUUAAGGAAUUAAACUUGCUGUAUGCGAAGAUGCUAAAUACUUUCCUUUAUUAAGAGAACGAUUCUUUCAAGAUCUUGAAUCUCAUUUUUUUAUUGAGAUUGCAGAUAUUGUUACAGAGUAUAAUGAAAAAUGCUUUAAAUUAAAUAUCGAAAGAAUGGCUGCUUACAGAAUCAAACUUAACAGUCCUUUUUUUAACUAGAAUUUAAGAUAAACAAAUAAAUCGACCUAUAAUUCUGAUAGGUUUUUCAGCUGUCAAUCCAUUGGAAAAUAAGAAUUUCUUGUCACUCCGGUUGUUUUAAUAGGAUAGCAUCUACUGUAAAAUAUAGAAUACAAUUAAUCUAAAUACAAUUUCCAGAAUUUACAAUAAUAAUCAGAUGGUAAGAAGGCAAUUGAUGUAAAUAUCUAAUUAUUAAAGUGCAAAGAUAAAAAUGUAUUCUAUUCAAUAAAAGGAGAAUUCUCAUAAAUCAUAGCUUCAUUCAGGCAUGAUUCAAUUAUGAAUUUAUUGACUUAUGUGCCUAAAGCAUAGAUACAACAAUUGCCCUAAACAAAGAAAGAUGUUUUGUAUGGAUUUGAUAUAUAAAUACCUCAUAUUAGGUUAAGUUACUUAAUAAAUGAAAAAACUGUCUCUCUUAAAACAAAAGGAAUAACAGUAAAAUAAAAGCCAACGAAAACAGUCGAAUUAAAAACUGGGUUUUUAGAGUCAUUUGAAGAAGCCAAAUAUUUCUAAAAUCCUAUUCAACUCAUUAGUGUUAGUUUUCAUUAAAUUGAAUUAGAAUUGGAAGGAUAAAAUAUAUUGAUUAUAGAUUAAGAUAAUGUUAAUAAAAUACACACAUAUCCAACAAUUUAUUUUGCCUUUUAAGAAAUCAAAUAAAUGAAAAAGGAAAGAAUAGAUGAAUUAGAAAGUGUAUUUAAUUACCAAAAAUAAAAAUGUGACUUAAUAAUUAGCGGAUUAAUUCCAAAUCUGAAAUUGCAACUUUCAGACAAUUUUCUGUAAUGGUUGAUAUCAUUAAAACAAUAUUAAUAAUAAUUCAUAAAAGUAAAAAAGUAGAAUGUGAAGAAAAUAUCAUAGAUGUACUUUUACUAACUGAAAAUAAACUUUGCCUGCAUUGGAAUAGAAGAUAAUUCUUUAAGUAAUUUAUUUUAUUUAGAACUUCGAACAGUAAAUAUAGUAAAGGCUAAAUAAAUUUUAAUUUUAAUUCAAGAUAUUAUUGCUAUUGAUUCUUAAAGUUAAACUCCCUAAAAUACAGAUUAAAAAUUUAAGAAUUUUAAGUCUACGCAAAUGUUUUUAUAUAGAAUGAAAAAUGAAGUGAAUUCAAUAGAUCAAUUUGAAAUAUCAAAUAACCCAUUGUCAAUAGAUUAUGGAAAAUACAUAAUUUAAGCAUAUUUUAAAGAAAAAAUUGUUAUAAAGAUGAAAAAUAUAUGUUUUAGACUUUCAGAUUUUUAAUUUAAAUCUUUUCUAAAAAUGAAAAAGCUUAUUAAUUAUUAUAUGGAAGUUGAUAGUUAAAUUUAAGAAGAUUGGUUAUGUAAAGCAUAAAUAAUUUUGGAUGAUGUGAAUGAAGAAAAAUAAAUCCAAUUAAAUUUAGAAGAGGAUUGUUUUAUUGAUUUUUUGCCCUUAGUUUCAGUAGAAACAUUCUCUAAUCAAAAUGAAAUUGAACGUUUACUUGCGUAUUCAAAUAGUAGAAUUUUACUCAGAGUUAAUAAUGCAAUGAUUAGUUCUAUUAUAGAAAUAAGUAGCAUAGAAAUGUACAUUAUAGGAUAAAAUGAAGUGAAUAACUUGUUUCCAUUAAUUUUAAAUGGGUUUUUCGAUAAUAAAUCUCAUAUUUUAUAAUUUGGAUCCUAAUUGAAAUUUAAAGAUGUAAAAUAUUAAGAUAAGUUAAUUAGUAUAGAUUAAAUUGUAGGAAAAUUUAAAUAUGAUACAAUACAAACAAUCAUAGAAAUUAUUAAAGAUUUAAUAAAAUUAACACCAUAAGCAGGUAGAUAGGCUUCAGAAGAGUAAUAUAAUAUUUCCUAGGAUUUCAAUUAAUAGCUCAUUAACGAGAAGAUUGUUGAGAAAGUUUAUCAAUUUGAUGUAAGCUAAAUAGCUAUAGAAUUAGAAUAAGGAGCUACAUAUUAUGAUGUUGAUUUUAUUUAUGAUGAUACUGAAUAGGAUGAGGAGUUUGAUUAGACCUAAGACUCAAAUAAAAUUUGCUUUAACUUUUCAAGAUGUCUGAUUAAGGUUGAAAUGUAUAAAGAAGGUUAGAUUGGAAUUGGGUAUAGAUCUAAUUUCGAAAUAUAAGAUAAAAUUGACAAGUUAUAUCAUAAACUAGUUUUGUGCCCCGAUUCAGAGGAGUUUGAGUUAUAAGAUAAUUCUCCAUUUAAAUUUGGUUUGAUUAUUGAAAACCAAGCAUACACAGGAUUUAUUUCAAUAGUCCCUAUGAAAAUUUAUAUAUCUGGACCUCUACUCUAGUUUAUCAUUAAUUUCAUGUCCAAUAAGAUCAAAAAUGAGGAAAGGAUUGAUUUGGAUGAAAUAGAAAUACUACAAGACGCAUUGCCAAUUAUAUGGUUGAAAAGCUUAUAAAUUUGUUAAACUAGAUUGAAUAUUACAUAUGAUUCAUCUGGAUUAAAAGUAGAUGGUUUAUUGAAAGGGUUGUUAAGAAUUAGUUCAUUUUGCAAUUUAUAGAUAACUCUAAAGAAUACAGAAAUUGAAAGUAAAGGAGAUAUAUAACAUGUUAAAUAGAAAAUUAUAGAAAGCAUUUAAGAGAGUUUUGGUUCAAAGUAUUAGAUUGCUGGGAAAGCUUUGCAAAGCUUAGAUGCUUUUGCUUAAGUAAAGUAUUUAGGGCAGGAAAUAUUGAAUUUGUUUACUAGUCCUUUUGAAAAAUUAGGAGGGUCAAGUAGUAGUAUAGAUUUAUCAAGAUCGUUAAGUGAAGUGUUUUCAAAUUUAAAGAAUGGGUAGGAAAUGAUUCAAAGUUUCAAAUUUUCAUCUUUACCAAGUUCAUUACUUAAGAGAUAUUGA